AUGCUAACUGCUGCAGAGCGUAUGUCGAAAGUGGUGAACUGGCAGCAGGUAGCGAUCGUGUCAGUAGUCCUGAUCGCCACCGUUGUAAUCACAAGCCAGUGCUACACAGCUUCUUGGAAUGACGGUCCAAGCCGACCAACUGACGACUGCACUAGCUCUUCCAUUGACCAGCAAGACUCUAGAAAAUCCUCGAGAUUCCACAUUCAGGACUACGGCCUCCAGGGACCCAUUCCCUGGACGUACAUCCGACCGACCGUCCGCGAUGAAUUUACUGUCAACGGCUCGAUCAGGGCCGUUAAAUAUUUCCAUGGGACGGAUAUGGGUGACUCUGGAGCGAAGGCGGUCGUCUGGCCGACCGGGCAGAUUGACCGGAAAAAGAGAAUGGCGGAGGCGAGAAUCCCUAGAGUUUCUAAGUACGGCGAGAAUGCAACUCUAUCUUUCUACGAGGCAUUGGAUAAGUACCCAGUCGAACGGAAAUCGGUGCUAGUGAUAGGGAGUCAAACCCCUUGGCUUGAGGGAAUUCUCUUGGCGUAUAAAGCUGGAUCGAUCACGACCGUUGAUUUCAACAGACCCGCUGCAGACUAUCCCGGACUGAGGCUGUGGAAUAUUGCUGAGCUGGACGCCUCAGAUGAGUCCUUUGACGUGGUAGCUUCGUAUUCGUCGCUGGAGCACGAUGGGCUGGGGAGAUAUGGCGAUCCGCUAAACCCGGAUGGAGAUCGGCUGAGAAUGAUGAAGAUCAGGGGCCUGUUGAAGCCAGGAGGGCUCUUCUUCCUGGGGGUGCCAGUGGGGAACGACACGCUGGUGUUCAAUGCACAUCGGGUGUACGGUCCCAUCCGCAUGCCACUGCUGCUCAACGGCUGGAAGCUGCUGGAUGUGUUUGGCGUGUCCAGUCUCGAAGCAGCUUAUAGGGAGAACCUGAAUGCAACAAUCUUACAGCCGGUCAUGGUGUUGAGGUAG